AUGGCUUCUUAUGUAGCUAAUUCGGUCUUAAAUGAUUCGAUCAGGCAAUUCAAAUCUAAUCAAAAUGAUUCAAAAUAAAAAAUAGAUUGGGAUGAUUUCAACUAUCCACCUUUGAUAAAGGUCAUUCAUUACAAUAUUGAAGAAGUAUAACCAGAAUAUAGAUUGGUGGUAAGAUCAUUAUGGUUGUCAAGUAUUUUAAUUGUUGCUUACACUCUCUUAAAUAUAAUUGAUAAUAGUGUUUAAGCCGGAUAUGGACUUGAUGGAAUAUGCAUAUUGUAUAGUUUUAUGUUCUUGUUUUCCUUUAUUCCAAUUUAAUUGUAACAUAUUCUGCAUAGUUAGAGUUUUAUAUUUUAUCGAGGUUAUAAGGGUGUAGUUUCAGAUCCAUAUCUAUUGAUUUUAUACAAAUGGGUCUAAAUAAUAUUGAUAUUGUGUUGGAUAACAUUUUCGAUUAUUGACAUUCUAGGAUUUAAUGGAUUCGUAGCAUUAUCAUAUCUUUUUGAAUUGUAUUUCAUUCUAAAUACUUUGUUAGUCUCCCCUUUUGUGGUGUAUUAGCGUUAUUUGAAGAUAUCAUCUUUUUACUAAUUGUGUUUUUAAGCGGAUUUGCACUAUUCCGUAUAUGGAGUAUAAAAGAAUGA